AUGGGCAUGAUCAAUGCGGCAGCUUUUUCGCAACAAGCAGCAGCAAAUAUGAGCAUGAAUUUGGGCAUGUUGCAAGCACCACAGCAAGCCCUUCGAAUGCAAGCACCUCAACAGCAGAAGAAUCGUACUUUCUCGGGUGUUGUCACAAAAAUGCAUGAUAGUUAUGGAUUCAUCGAUGACGACGUAUUCUUCCAAGUCAGUGUUGUACGCGGUGCUCUGCCUCGUACCGGUGAUCGUGUGAUUGUGGAAGCAUCGUACAAUCCAUCAAUGCCGUUCAAGUGGAAUGCAUUUCGUGUGCAGCUGAUCGGUGAUAAGGGUGGAUCGGGUGGUGGUGGUGGUGGCGGCGGCGGUGGCGGUGGACCGCCAACACAUUCACCAUCGGAACGUGGCCGACCACCGAUGCCAGUCCGGGGAGCAAUGCCCAGUGAACAGACCCCACGUCCGCCUCCAGGAUCUGGUAGGCAUCGUUCUCCGCGUGGUGGCGGACCAGGUGGUAUGCUGCCAAUGGGAUUUACGGAUGGAAGACCGCCACGUCCGCCUCCAGGAUCUGGUAGGCAUCGUUCUCCACGUGGUGGCGGACCAGGUGGUAUGCUGCCAAUGGGAUUUACGGAUGGAAGACGUUCGCCACCGAGACGUAUUUCGCCACCACGUGGACCACCAAGAAGAUCACCACGAAGAAGCCCGCCGCGUCCGAUUGGUCGAGGAGCUUCCCCGCCCGGGAAACGCAGCCCACCAGGGCGAAAGCAUGAAGCGGCGAAGCGCGAACAUUCGACCAGCGUUUCCGGACGUAAUCGUUCCCCAUCACAGAAGCAUGAUGCCAGUACACGUGACAGUAUAUCACCUGCACGUCGACGUGCACGUAUCGUACCACGCUACCAAUGCUAUCUACCGAGAACACCGAUACUGUAA